AUACGAAUCACUCACUAACUGAUUCAUAGAAUUCAGACUGUAGCUACAGUCGUGGCUACUGUAUAAGCCGCGGAAUAAAAUUUUUGCGUGAUUUGUAUUUUUUAAACAGAGCUUAACGUAUUGAGCAUUAAGAAAAAAUAUGGCGUCCGAAAAUAGCACUGUUGAUACCGCUUAUACCAAAUUUUACACGCGGGAAGAAGUCGCUAAGCAUAAUGAUAGUAAAGAUCUGUGGUUUAUUAUUCACAAUAAAGUUUACAAUGUGACUCAAUUCAUAAGUCAUCCUGGUGGAGAAGAAGUUCUUUUGGAACAAGGUGGUCGAGAUUGUACAGAAGCCUUUGAAGAUAUUGGUCAUUCAAGUGAUGCAAGAGAAUUAAUGGAGAUAUUCAAAAUUGGAGAAUUAGUAGAAGAGGAAAGAACACAGGGAAGCAACGAUGUAACUGAUGUGUCUGAUGUAGAUAAUUCUAGUUGCAGUGGUUCUUGGCGAUCGUGGCUGAUUCCAAUUGCUCUUGGGGUACUGGCGACUCUUGUCUAUCGUUACUUUAUUAAAGCACACUGAAUCAUUCCUAAUAUUUAUUUUUUUGUAAUCUGUAUUAUACAUAAAUGAAUGUUAUAAAUAAUUAAUCGAAGAAUACUAUGUAUAUUGCACAUAACUACGGUCUUGUUUUAUGACAUGAAAUCGCACACACAAGCUGGCCUAGCAUAAAAACAUUUAUAAAACAAAAAUUCAUUUGUUAUAUUUAAGCUAAAAUACAUAUAAACACGCGUGCGCGCGCAUUUCAUACACAUGUAACAAUACGAAUUAUAUUAACUGCAAGUACAAAAAUAAAAUAAUUUUAUUUACAUACUG